CGCGCGGGGCAGCUGCCUGGCGCAUGCUCCGAAGCGGGCCGCCGCCGCCGCCGCCGCGGGAGGGGAAGGGAGGCCCCGCCGCUUCCCCUUCCGGCUUGGUCCGCCGCCGGCCCCGGGCGAGAUGGGAGCAGCCGGGAGCGCGCGGCGUUGCCUCCUCUGGUCAGCAGUUCUCCUCUUGAUCCUUGCUGUAGAUGCAGAGCUUUUUGUGGCUGAUUUAGAUGACUCGUUUAAAGACACUCGGCAAGAUGACAUUUGGCUUGUAGAUUUUUAUGCACCUUGGUGUGGCCAUUGCAAGAAAUUGGAGCCAGUAUGGAAUGAAGUUGGUAAAGAGAUAAGAAAUAUUGGGUCUCCAGUAAAAGUAGGGAAGAUGGAUGCAACUUCCUAUUCUAGUAUUGCCUCUGAGUUUGGUGUUCGAGGCUAUCCAACAAUUAAACUGUUGAAGGGUGACUUGGCUUACAACUAUAGAGGCCCUCGGACCAAAGAUGACAUCAUUGAGUUUGCAAACAGAGUAGCGGGGCCUGUUAUUCGACCCCUCCCUAGCCAGCAAAUGUUUGAGCACGUGCAAAAGAGGCACCGUGUAUUUUUUCUGUACGUAGGUGGGGAAUCUCCAUUAAAGGAAAAAUACAUAGAGGUUGCUUCCGAACUAAUUGUUUAUACAUACUUUUUUUCUGCCUCAGAAGAGGUACUACCUAAGUAUGUGACACUCCCUGAGAUGCCGGCUGUUCUGGUCUUCAAAGAUGGGACUUAUUUUGUAUAUGAUGAAUAUGAAGAUGGUGACUUGUCAUCCUGGAUAAACAGAGAGAGAUUUCAAGGGUACCUGACUGUGGAUGGAUUUACAUUGUAUGAACUUGGAGACACAGGAAAACUUGUUGCUGUUGCAGUUAUUGAUGAUAAAAACAUAUCUGCUGAACAUACAAGGCUGAAGUCUAUUGUUCAGGAUGUUGCUAAGAAUUACAGAGACCACUUUCAUAGGAACUUCCAGUUUGGCCAUAUGGAUGGAAAUGAGUACAUUAAUAGUUUGCUAAUGGAUGAUUUGAAAAUCCCCACUAUUGUUGUCCUGAACACAUCCAAUCAACAGUACUUCCUACCUCAUAAAUCCGUUGAGAGCACUGAAGAUCUGGUUCAGUUCAUUAAUGAGAUCUUGGAAGGCACUGCAGAAGCACAAGGUGGUGAUGGAAUUCUUCAACGGAUCAAGAGAAUAAUUUAUGAUGCCAAAUCUACUGUGGGCUCCGUUUUCAAGAGCUCCCCCCUUCUGGGUUGCUUCCUCUUUGGUUUACCACUGGGUGUCAUCAGCAUCAUGUGUUACGGAAUUUGCACAGCUGACACUGAGGGAGGUUUGGAUGAAGCACAGGCAUCUAAGAAGGAAACUUCAGGCAGAGAGCUGACUGAUGAAGGCACAGAAGAAGAGGAGGAAGAAAACCAUGAAAAUUCUGUAGAACCUCCAGGUGGAGAAGAACAAGAACAGAAAGCGAUAUUGGAAAAGAAAAAAGACUAACAUUGCUUAGUCAAAAGGUUUUUCUGUAGAAUUUCCAAAUAGAGACUUAUUUAUUGAACUCAGCCAUUUACCUGUGACUUCUCAAAUGAGGACCUUUUUUGUCUAUUUUGUGUGCAUGCAUUCAGAUUGCUUGGCUGUGAAAAGGAGUGGGUGGGAAUCUGGGGGUUGAGGUCUCUUUAUCCUGCUGAAAAGAAACCAAAUUAAGGAAUGUACAUGGGUUGUUUUACAUGUAUGCAGACUGCAAUUCUGGCUCUUAUUACAUGUGGUUUAAAAACUAUUUUGACAGUGCGGCCAAAGUAAAGAAGGCUAUCUCCCUUUUUAAAAUUGCUUUGUUAAGGAAAGCAGGGAUGUUCUCAGGAAGCCUAGAGAAAAUCUGUAAAUAUUACUGAGCUUUAGAAACUCUUGUUGGGAGACACUCCUUUAGGAUGCCUACAUGUAUUUUAUUCAUCUAUUGUAGCUUCUAAAAAGCAAUACCUCUUUUGUUUUGCUUUUUGAAUAUGUAAAUUCCAAUGCAGAAUAUUGAUGGCAGUGCUAAAGACAAGUAUUAUGGUAUCCUUAGAAAUGCUUUUUUAAAAUACAACCUUAAUUUUAAAAGUAGUAUUUGCUUAGUCUAUUUGAUAAAAUGCUAGGGUUCUUUAAAAAAAAUUACUUCUGCAAUAACUUGAAAAGUAAAAUGCCUUUUGAAAUUUCCCUACAUCUCAAGUACUUGACAAAUCUUAGGGCUUCAUUUGCUCAUGCCAUUGUUAGUGGGGUAAUCUGUCUGUGUCUCUCUGUGUGUACUACACAGCUCAUAAGUCAAUACAUCAAAAUGUUAUUCAGUGGUUUAAAUUAUCGUGUUCCAAAUUUGCUCUCUGCAAAAGAAAAAUACUUAUUUAAACAAAUAUAUUAUUGGCUUAUUAAUGUUAAUAUCUGCAUUUGACAUUUCUGUUGACUACAUCUUGUUGACUGUGGAGAGCAAGUUAAUUAUCUGUAGCACUGUUAACACUUACAGAAAAGAGAGGUAUUUGUCAUUAUAAUACACUUUCAUUAGCUGUUUAAUCAUACAAGUCAUCUCUAACACUGCCCCAUGACACUGAAAGGGUCUAAGCUCUUUCCAGAGUUGGAAUCUCAAGAGAUAAGCCAUAAGAUGUGUUUGGAGUACUGAUAUCAUGAUGAUUACCAUAGCAACCAGACCUAUGCUGCUCAGUUUCAGGACUAAGGCUGUAUAACAUUCAGUUAGAAAAUGAUGAAAAAUAACAGCUUUUAAGCUUGUGAGUCACUAUACAACAAUUGAGUGCAAUAUGGCUUUUUCACAACACUUCUACAAGGCAACCUAAUAGUGGAAUAUGUAUUUUAAGCUUGAAUAGAAGUCAGGUUUUGUUGAUGUUAAGGAAUUAAACUGUAUUUAACUUCCA